GUUACUUGUAAGCUUAUAUAAUGCUCACGUGAGAAUUGAUAUUAAUUUCGUUAGUCGAUUUAAAACAAAACAUUUUAAUAUAAAUAUAGGAUAAUUUAACAUCAAAAUGGGAAAUCAGCAUGGAAAGAAUGAACAAAAAUUGCCCUUUACAACCGAUCAAAUUAAAAUACUGGAAUCCUCCUUUCGAGCUUGUGGAAUACAUUCGGAAAAAUUACAAAAGGAGAAGUUAUUGGUUUGCUAUUUUGUCUUUGCUUACUCAUUAUAUGCAAUCCUGCUUAUGGCUUUUGUUAAACAUAAGGGUUAUUGCCGAAAAUAUUGAAUCUUGGUCAAACGUUAUAGAUCCUCAUUUGGCCCAAUGCACUGCAAAUUUUCUUUUCAAAAGGAUACAUCUUCCAAUUACUCUUGGCCGGUAUGCCGAACCAUAUUAUAUAGUGGAGAGUGGAACAAUCGAUGAUAAAGUAAAUUUUUUAACCGCGUCUCUGGAGCAAACAGAUACAAAUCAGUACACAACAAAGGAAUUGGAACAUUAUAUUGCAGCUGUUCUAAAAAGUUAUUUAAAAAUCGAGUCCCAUCACUGCACGGAAGCAUUUGAAAGUUGUAAGCUACAUGGGUACCAGUCGGCGGAUCGAACAAUAUUUGCAUUUUCAAAAGGACUUAUUCGCAGUAUGUGUCAAGAUCAUGAUCACUACUUUAAUUUAAGUCAGCUGGAAGAAUGGCUGCAGAUAAAUCCCACAUUUCUAAUUAUAUGGAGGGAAGUAUUUAAUGGCUUAUAUAGCAGAAAUUCAGCAAAGUCUCUGAAAUCAAGCUGCUUUUUUUCCUCUAACAUCUUACCAGUAUUAGAAGGACUAGCGGUUGGCACAAAUUAUACUCCAAUCUUAGACAUUCCACAUGUGAUAUUUAUAAAUAGCAAUUUGCCAAAUGAAUAUCGAAACAAAUGGCGUUUCUUAUUCUCAUCGAAAAUAAUGGGCGAAAGUUUUUCGACGAUGUUAGGAAAGAUUUUGAACCGAGGACCUACGCUUUUGGUUAUUGAAGACGAAGAUCGGUAUCUGUUUGCUGGUUACAGCCCAGAGUCUUGGGCAUUAAAAUCACAUUUUUUUGGUAAUGAAAGUUCACUUCUUUAUACCUUAAGUCCUGCAAUGCGAUGUUUUAACAGCACAGGUUAUAAUAACCAUUACCAAUAUUUAAAUUUAAAUCAGCAAACUAUGCCCAACGGAUUAGGAAUCGGCGGUCAGUUUCAUUUUUGGGGAUUAUGGAUUGAUAGUGACUAUGGAAUAGGACAAAGUAGCGAAUCUUGUACAACCUAUCGUGACUACGUGCAACUUAGCAAGCGUAAAGACUAUAAAAUACGUAAUAUUGAAGUUUGGGGAAUUGGCGACGAACCUAAAGAUGAAGACUCUGAAGAAGGCGAAGGCUGUGGAAAGAAUUCAAUACUGGAUAAAAAUUUAGAGGAUAGAGUUAUGCUUCAGUUGGCUGGAAAAGAAAUGCAUUCGGAAGGCCUGCGUGAACCGGACAUGGAUUUGUGAAUAUAUAUAAGGAUUAAGCUGAAGCAAAAAUUUCUUUAUUUACAAUUUUUUGUAAGGGUUUAACAUUUACCAUAUUAAAAAUGCAUAUAUAAAAUCUGCUUUAUUAAUGAACCCAACGUGGCAAACCACGAAUGAAAUGAUAAUAUGAGCAAUUGAUAUUGGAAAAAGCAUUGCGAAGCUUAAAAUCUAGGGUUGUUUUUUUCCAGUUUGUGAUGUUCUAUAUUUAUAAUUUGAAUAAGAAUACAUGUGUAAGUUACAUUAAUAAAUUUUUAUAUCAUAAUUUUUUUCAACUA